UUCUUGGGAUCUUCACGCUCAGAAUGUUCCAGCGUUGUUACAAGAAAACCGGUGAGACAUCUAGAUGUUCUUCGGCACCUGAAAAACUGGCAGCCAAGUGGCAGCUGCAUAUUCCACAGCCCGUUGUUAAGGAGCAAAGUCUGCAGAACACGGCAGCGUUGUGCAAGCAAUUCACCAAGCGGGUUCCCACCUCUUACUAGUUCUUUUGCCCCCCCUUUCCCCCCAUUUCCCGCAGCUAACCUAUUUGUCGGAAGCGGGUGAUUUGUUGGUUGUCUUUUCUUCCCGGAAUGGAGCGCUGGGGGUCUGCCCCUCCAACACAGCAUGGAGGGCAGAGAGCGCUGCCACGACAGGAUCGCUCGUCGCCUCCGUUGCGCAAAGACGUAAAGGGAGUUUCGCCGCCCAUCCCGGUCGUUCCCUUUUCUUCUCAAUCUGGAAGCCGAUCUCUUGGGUCUCCACAAGGAAAUUACAUGCCGUAUCGGCACGAAGCAGCUUCUGAGUGUUCGGGGAAAAAAGGGUCUCAUAGAAUACCGUCACGGAGUGUGUCCAGAUCGGGUUCUCCAUCCACUGGAAUGGACGCCAAGCCACUAUCGGUUCCACGGCCUUUCCAUCGUUCCUGGUCGACGAAUCCUCAACCAGGAAACGGCCAUUCUUCGCAUGUUUCAGGAAGCAGUCGCCUCUCCCGGUCCUUAACAAGCCACACACCGUUCCACAACGCUCCCAACACCGUCCUUCUUGUCGGAGGAAACUCUGCGAGCCAGCGAAGGCGACUUACUGACGGAACUUAUGUCCCGAUUGUGGCGUUAACUGCUCCACCCUCAGAAGACCGAACGGGAAAGCAGUGUUCGUCAUCACCUGCUCGGCAGCACUCGUCUGGGAGCCGUGCUAGCAGCGCUAACCACCACUCCACACGUCACAGCUCUUCUCGGGUUAUUCAGAAAUCGCUUUCUCGCAGCCGUAGUGUGUCCCACCACCGCAGCCUGCAGAAUUCUCAUGUAGAUAUCCAAAAGUCUCACAGUAACGACCACCACUCUCACGGCAGCGGCCGCCUUUCUCACAGUUCGCACCACAGUCGGCACUCAAAGUACCGCCACGGGCAUCACCGGAGCUCUCGGAACCACUCGCCUUCGCCUUCCCAUCACUCUCGACACCGUGACAGUUCCAAUCCCAGUCAUUCUCGCGGAAAAUUCGCGUCGCCAUCGAGGAACUAUGGUUCCAGAACGUCGCAUCGGCCGCAUUCGCGGGACAGGAAGAUUGUCGAGAAUCCCCGAACUUCUCAUGACAGCCGUACCGGAUCCACGCUUCCCGAUUUUUCUUUGUCGCCUUCUCGAUAUGCCCCGCCUAUCUCGCCGCCUCGAACCCAUCAAACGUCCUAUGAGUUGGACAAAACUGCGCCACCAUACCACCCCGUUGCCCACUACAACUACAGCGAGCGGGAUUUUUCUCCAAGACAUCAGUCGCCGCGUUCCGGCUUCCAGCCGUCUCACGCCAUUGAAAAUAAGUAUGGAAGAGGGACAUCGCGUGUAGAUGUUUUAGACAGACUCCACUGCAAUGCUCGAGUGAGUGAGACCGACUCUUACCGACCAGGAAUUUCGAUAAUCGGAGGAAAGCAACUCAAACCUAUUCGUGCCCGUUCUCCGCGCCGUUCACGCUGCUACGCAGCCAACGUCGACUCUGAUGGACGGUUUUCGGCAUUCUACCAGUCCAAUGCUCAACGUACGAUUUCUCCUAGCGAUACCUGCCGUCCACGGGUAGUAGCACGUCCACCACCGUCGACUUCAAGAUGCAGUCCGACCUGUGCACAAUCGCGCCGUUUCGCUCCUCUGGAUUAUUCAACUUCAAGCGCGACUCGUCCUCUGCGAAAUGUCCCAGUGUACUUGCCUUCUCGGAGGAAUUCGCCUUCCCGGCGUCCUCCUUCCCAAGAAGGCCGAACCCACUGCAGUCCAGUAGGCGGUCGAUCGGGAUGCAGAGCAGAUCCCUCCUUGCGCGACUGUUGCUCAGACAUCCCUCCACGGGGCCAGUGGCUCUCAGGGAAGACAAGAACAAAACUCUCUGAUUUUUGCCGUUCUGGUCGCCUUACCCCGGUGACGGGAUGCGCAAAAGCUGCACAGGAGGACUCGUUUUUUGGCAGCCUUCCCAAUUCUUCUUGCCAAGGAGAGAUGCACUCCUUCCGUCGACCGUUCCGAGCCAGCUCCUCGGAGCACUGUCCACUUUCAGGGCUCCGUACACCGAGUCCGCUGUUAACUAGUGCGCACUGCCAUGGAGCUAUUAAUAUGUCUUGUUCCUCUUUGCCGUCUGUCUGCGGGGGGUCUGCUCUUCCCGUGGAUCUCUCACGUCGCUCGCCGCACUGUCACCCCGUGAGCACCAUUCUGGGGGACUGCGUGACGCAACGGAAGUCUGCGGCAUGCCGGACAAAUUCGCCCGCUGGCAGAUGUUUCGACAGCUUGGCGACACAGUAUCCACCUCCUCCUUGUCUCAAACUUCACCGCCUUACCCACGACGAGAGAAACCAUCUUCCGCGCGACAAUCUGCCUCUGUCGCCUGGCCGAUGCAUUCUUCAAGAACCCACGGAUGAAGUGGAAGCGAGACGGGCUAUCGAUACGGCCGACCAGCUCCUGAAAAACGCGUCGCCCAGCGCACGGGUUCGUGGGAAUCUGAGUUAUGAACAAGGCUUGUCGUCAGUUUCGUACAAAAGGGAAGCGGAUUCUUUGGGCAGGCGCUCCCCUUCACUAGGAAGGCGGGACUUUGCCAGCUCGGCAGCCGCCUCUACGCCUUUCCUGGAAAGCAAGCGUAGUGGGUGUUCUCGGGAGUUUUGUGAGUCGAAUUUUCAGGUGUUCUCUAGCGCGCCGUAUCCCGAGCUCACAAGUGAACGAAGUAUCUGCUCUUCGCAGUCGCUCUCGAGCUCGAGACGAAGACCACUGUGCUCUCGUCGACCCGACACGGAAACGACUCUUUUGCGCGCUUUGAAAUCCGGCCCAUCUUCUCUCCCGGCCUCGGGUUCUUCAUCGACUUCUACCGCCCCGUUUCUGUCCUCUGUACCGGGAAGAAUCGACAAAGGAAGCUGUCUCGGCCGUGUCCCGCUUGAGGGUACCGGCCUGCGGUGCAGUCACCACUGUGACUGUCUAGAGACCCGCGACGAGUCGUGUCUUCCGAAGCGGAAAAGCAUGGAGACUUCCUCGUUCCUGUCUGUCUCGCACGACAAGCCACGGCUUCCUGCUCGGGUCUCAGGCGAAAUUGCCGCCGAGCGCCUGCGCCAUAGACUGGAUCAAUGCCAGCGGGUGGAGGAGUGUAAAGACGGACUUCCCGCCGGUCGCCGUGACUCCGGCGGGUGCAUCGACAGCGGCAUACAUGCUGACACCUGCCACGGCGUUCAUGCGGCCCGCCGGUCACCAAUUUCGCCGCUCUUCGAAGCGAGCCGAUGCACUCACCUUUCAGAGGUCGAAGCCAUUGAGGCUGAAGUGGAAUUCGUUGAGAAGAGGCGCCGCGCCCGCGAGAGGGGCCAAGAAGACAAGCGUACGGAGACCCUUCUGCGCUCCUUCACCUGCCUCCCCCGUCUGUCCCUUCAAAACGCGAAGCGUAUCGACACUCAACAGAAAGCUCUUCUAACCGCACGAUCGCGUUUUCCCGCCAAGUGUUGCUUUCCAGGGGAUUCUGAGGCCGACGCCGCAGCAUGCAGCGAUCUGUCCGAAAGCCACACCCAGAACCUCGGUUCUGCCCUUGCGUGUGCCCACCCGCCUAGCCCCCACACCCGCCAGCCCAGCAUUCGCCUCGAGUCUCCGUCGGGUCUUUACCUAGGCAGAUCGAGUGGCAGGCGCAUAGCGGAAAGCAGCUGUCCGUCGUCUCUGGGGACCCCGAAGAGCAAUUUCGAGACUUCAGUGUCUCUCUCUUCGGGCGCCUCGCGAGCGCAGCGUGUAGCUGAGAUCGUCGAGCGCCUGAGUCGAGUGCAAGAAGCGGAGUGCGCGAAUCUGAGAAGACGCUCGGCGGAACGCGCCGCCCGGAGUCGUCUGACGCCUCCAGGUAUGAACAUGCCGACCCUUGAAGGCUGCCGGCGGGCCAACGCGUGCACGGAAGAGAUAAAGAGUUUGCAAGAAGCCUCUGCGCCUGAGGGCGCCUUCCCAGUCUGCCCCUUGCACGGUGGAGGCGCAAAAAAUCCGAGAAUAAGAGACGAAGAGUGGAAGCGAGACCAGAAACCUAGAGGGACCGCACUGAAGCUGAACGCCGAGCAACGCUCGCAACUCGCAGCGGCCUGUGAGACCCGGAACGCCCUCCUUGCGGCUCUAGCCUCACGAGCGCGACGCAGAAGAGAAGAAGCGACCGCGAGAAAGCGUCGCGAUGGGGGAAGACACGCUGGAAGAACAGAUGGGUUCCAAAGACACCGGCACGACGGUAGGGGCGAGAGGCACCUCUCGCCUUCUCUAGGGUCGCCUCUCAGCUCGCGACCCGCUGCUUCUAGCGUUCCCAACUUGUCCAUUUCGUCAAAGUCGUGUCCUUCCUCUUCUUGUUCUGUCCAGACGGCCUCCUCAAUCGCUUCCCGUCCGCCGUCGUCGAUCCACUCUGGCAGUCGCGCCUCCUCCCUUUCCGCCGCUUCUCCCUCCCUACCGUCGCCCAUCUCCCCUCACUCCGAGGAAAGACACCCGAAGCGUUCAGGAGACCUGAAGAGUUCAGAAGGUCAGAAGAGUUCAAGAGAUCUGGUGUCUGUACAGCUCUUGCAAGUCCCUUCCGCGAAAGGCUCCAAACCGCCGCGUCGCUCAGGCUCCAACGCUUCAGCCCCAGACCAACCGGCCUCUCCUCGGCGCUCGGCUUCUCCAGUAGAAUCUCCGAGAGACCUUGCCCCUCCCUCAAGAAGUCUCAGUCGUGCCUCUUCGGCGGCCAACUCGAGAAGCGACGGGAGUGUCUCUACUAGCAGGCUUGCGGAGAUAAAAAAAGCGAACGAGGGCGACAAGAAACAGGAGAGCAAGGGGGGGAAGAAGGAGGUGAAAGAAGAAAAAAAGAAAGAGAAGGCGGCGCGGACGCUGUCGCCCUCGCCGACUGUGCAGAGCAUCAGCUCCCGCGCGUCUUCAACGCGAAGCAAAGGGAAUCCGGUGAAGCUUUCGUCUUCCGCUGACGCGCCACACGCGCAGAGGAAAGAGAAAGGCAAAGUGGGGGGGAAGAGGCCGACGAAAGAAGUCUGGGACAAGACAAGAGACCAGACCGCCCUCUCGCCGCUUCCUAGCGCGAGUGUGAGCAGAGCGUCGUCGACCGCGAGUGUCUCCCGAGGCCACCACACGGCUCGCUCUAGAAACAAAAAUCUGGGCAAGACAGCGAAGAAAGAGAAACAUACAAAGUCUGUCAAGGCCCUGUCCCCGUCUCCCAGCAGGAGCCUGAGUCGCGCCGCUUCGCAUUCGAGCACGCGCAGCCACCACAGGAGACUCUUGGGGAAGCCUGAGUCCACCCAGGAGGGAGAGAAGAGAGCGAAGACGCACAAGACCCACACAAGCAGUUCUUCCUCAACUUGCGUGAAGGGAAAGAAGGCGAGGGAGGCGCCUCCUGGAGAGCCGAACAAAGAACUGAAGCGAGGCGCCUCGGCCAACCCCUUGGUCGGCAUGACUUCCCCUAAGCGCAUACACUCGAAGAAACCGCUGUCGCUGUCGCCCUCUCCGUCUCGGCAACAGCGCCAUAACGCGUCCCUGAAGAAGCAAAAAUCAUCGUCUGCUCACGAGAGACACUCCUAUCGGCGCUCUGUGACGGCCUCAACUUUGCCGAGCCCUGAGGCUCUGGCAAGGGGAAGACGUAUCUCCCGGGGUGGGUCUGCCCAGCGUGAGCAGGCACAACAGAAAGAGAAACGCCGAGACGAAGACGCCCGGAAACGCCCCCACGGAUCCCAGCGACUGCCAAGCCAACUGCACCACUCUCAUGACAAGAAAAGCAAAACACACAAAAGUGCCUCACCUUCAGUCUCCCCUUCAGCUGCUCAUUCUCGCUCUAACUCGCACUUGCCCUCUCGGUCUCCUUCUCAUUCUCGUCUAGCUUCUGCUUCCUAUCUCUCUCCUUCGCGCGCCUCGUCCAGGCGACACGGGCGAGAACACAGUUCGAGUUCGGUGGGUUCCAAGACGCACAAGACGAAAGAUUCCGAGAGACACAAGAGGACGAAGGACGAUCCGACAAGCUCGCCACCAAGUCGCAAGGACCCGUCGCAAGCGGGUGGAAAAGACGCGUCGCAUGGCCAGCAUUGCCUGGCGGCGUACCCACUGGCUGCGCACUUGCCUCUGACGCCUCGCGAGGUUCUGCCUUUUUCAGAGUGCUUCCUAGGGGAGGGGAAACCGCGGGGCAAAGCUCCUGAAGCGUCUUCCCCCUCCACGCAGUUCUUCGCCUCUCUCGCGGACCUGCUUUCGCCGACUUCUCGCGGAGCUCCUGAUGGACGAGAACGGUCACCAGCCUCUGCGGACGUCGUGCAAGAAACUCUGGCGAAAGCUGGACUUCUCUGCGGGUCUUUCGCUUCCCUCUUCUCCCCUGGAUCUCUUGUCUCACAGGAAGCAGGACUCAAGCGGUGGAAGGAGGAAACGAGGAACGAGAGCAACUCGGCACUGGCUGCGGGGCCGGAGAGUAAUGGAAGAGGCGAGGCGACUCAGACAGCCGACGAGGCUCCUGUACAUCCGACAGCGCUCGUGGAUUCGCUGUUGAGGGAAAUGAGCUCGAAAGUGGAAGGAUCUUCUGUUUCGCGUUCUCUUCUGCUGACGUCGGAGGUUCGGCUACGCGAUCUCAUCGAUGGCCAAACAACACAGGCAUGCACCCCAGGGGGCUCGGUUGCGACUUCCCAAGCUACCUCCUUGUCUUCCUCUUUGCAGUUUGCAGACGCAAGUGCUACCCUCUCGUUCAUUGCCGAGGAACUCGAGGCGACGUCUCAGCUAUGCAGGAGACUCUCCGGAAUGCCCCAGUCCCCUUCUACCUCAGCGUCCUCCACUUCCUUCUUGUCUUCCUCCCUUUCAUCCUCUUCUUCUUCCCUUUCGCCUCCUUUUUCGUUGCAGGACGUUCCUUCAUCUGCAACGACGGCUCACAGCAGUGACUCUUCGCGAGGUGCAGGCUGCGGCCGCGGCUCAUGUUCUGCUUCUCCCUCGUUGGUUUUCUCUUCUUGUCUCUCUGUUCCCUCUCUUGUCUCUGGGGGAGCCGACGGUGCUCAAGAUGCCGCGCUUUGCUCCGUGGCCGGGGCGGGUGAGGAGCUCUUCACGGGGCAGGAGACAGAAGAGACUUACAGAGAGAGAAAUGGGUGCAGUGAGCGGAACCAAGAAAAUGAGGCCCGAGUAGACACAGAUUCACCGACACCCGGAAACAGAGAGUUUUCAGAUAAAGCAGACACCCCCAAAAAUACACAAAACCUUCGCUGCACCACGUGCCGUGCCUCUUCGUUUUCGUCUUAUUCUUCCUCGUCGCUCUCUUCUUCGUCAACUCCCUGCUCUUCGUCUUCCUCGUCUCCCCGUUCUUCUUCUUCCUCGUCGCUCUCUUCUUCAUGUUCUUCUUCGCUGGCGUUGUCUUCGUCCUCUUCCUCCACUUCUUCUUCCUCGUCGCUCUCUUCUUCAUGUUCUUCUUCGCUGGCGUCGUCUUCGUCCUCUUCCUCCACUUCUUCUUCCUCGUCGCUCUCUUCUUCAUGUUCUUCUUCGCUGGCGUCGUCUUCGUCCUCUUCCUCCACUUCUUCUUCCUCGUCGCUCUCUUCUUCAUGUUCUUCUUCGCUGGCGUCGUCUUCGUCCUCUUCCUCCACUUCUUCUUCAUCCUCGCCUUCUCGUUCUCGCGUGAGUCGCGAGACACAAGGAAACACACGAGAGGAUGAGCACAGCAUUUUGGAUCUGUCCGAACUGCAUGCAGAACAGGACGCUGAAUCUGUCCGCGCUUUGAGCGACUCGGCUUCCGAGUCGCUGUCUCCGUUUCUCUCGACUGCGGCUGAAAUUCGUAUGUUGCUUCCGGACAAAGAAGAGGUUGCCGCGCUCUUCUCCUUCGUUUCUUGGAAAAGCUGCUUUUCAGCUGAUCCGAGCAAGCGCAGACGGUCGCGCAGAAACUCCAAAAGAGGCGCCGAGCCGUUGACGAGCGCAUGGCGUAUAGGGGCACCCCAGAGCCUCUUGGGAGCAGCUAGCCACUUGGGGACAAGACCCUCUCUUGCCGAGGUUGCCGCAGGUUCCUUCUCUAUGGUGCAGAACGGGGGCGACCAGGGAGACGAAGACGCGGGAGACAGACAGACAGGGGACGGACACAGCGAGGAAGAAACAGAGACCGAAGACGAAGAGGUGGAGGACAGCACAGGACAGCGGAGGAAGCCGGCAUCUACGAAGUUGAGAGAUUUGCUGAGAGCCUUCAGAGACAAACCUGGUGAAGCGGCGCACCCAGCGGCCGAAGAGACAGAGACAGAGGAGGUCGACGAAGAAGAAAGGCAAGCGCUUCUACAGAGACAGGGGGCGAGCGAGAGAGGAGACACGGCGGACGACGAAGCCGCACAAGCAGAGGCCCCCAGUUGCCUGGACGAGGCGGCCAUAGAAGACCUUUGGCUGCUUCAACAAACGAACGGGGAAACAAGGAAACUGCUGGAUAACGUAUUCCAUUGUUUGCAGCCCGUGACUUCUGCCGCUUUCGACGGAGGGGAGGCGGCGUCUUCACCUCCGACUUUCUGGCGCCCCAGAGGCGCUGCUAUGUCGCCUCGACGGUGCUUUCUCCCCUUGGUUUGCGAGCGAAGACAAGCAGAAGUCGAAGGUGGAGAGACUGAAGAGGGCGCACUCGAGCGGCAAGAAUUGGCGCAACGCGUUCAAACCUUGCGCUCUGCCUUCACUGGGGCAGUCCCCUCUUUCUUCGCCGACUGUCGCUUUUUCUCUGCCAGUACACCCCGCAGAUGUCCGACGGCAAGGCGCAGAGCCUUUUCCUCGGCUGGCUCGCCCCCCUGCCGCAGGGGAGACGGAGACGGCGAGACAGGAGAAAUCCAACCGAGAAGGAGGACCUUGAGGCAGCUUCCCCAGAGAGAGGAGAAAGCAGCAACCGGGCCAGCUUCGCCUCUGGCGCGCGCUUUGCCUUCUUCUGCACGUCGCCGAACAGAAGCGAGAAAUCCCGAGGAAACCCAAACGAAGGAGGAAGAACAUGGGGAGGCAGGGAAGGUGGAAGAGCCUCUUUUCUGUGCAGAAGGUGGAGAAGAAGAGGAACGAGGGGGGGGAGCGAAGAAGCUGAAAGAGAGAGAGACGAAGCAAGAGGAAGAGACGAGAGAGAGACCAGAAGAAGUGGAGGAAGCUACGGUACUUGAAUCGAGUAGAGAGAGUCGCUCUGCCUUAGGCUGUCACUGCUUUGCAUCGGCCUUUAGAACGUCGGCCUCAUUGCCCCCUUUCGCUUCUGCCAGUAGCUCUGAGAACGCCUUGGGUAAGAGCGAAUUGAAGGAGGACGCGGUAGCUUUGCAAAUCGACGACAGUCCCAAGGCGUCGGAAUCCGGAGAAGGAAGGAGCGUUGAAGUCCCCGAACCGGCAGACGAGGGACGAAUGGCUUCAGGAACUCAAAACGGUCCAUGUCAGAAUGAAGAAGAAGUGUAUGAGAAGAAACCGACAGAACCAGGGACAGGAAUAAACGAGCAAGAGCAUGCGCCAGCACCUCGUUCUUCCGCCCUCACGGCUGUCCAUACUCCCGACGACAGACCCGUGGGCAAGGAAACAGGAGACAGAUACGAACCCCUGGGGGAGAGGCAGACAGGCCAUGGAGAAGACGCGAAAGGGGAGAGCGAUCCAGAUAAGAAACAAGGCGCUCUGCAGCCUUCACUGUUGCAGGGGGAAACGCGAGUAUCUGAAGAGCGAAGCAAACCCCCACCAUUGUUGUCAGAAGAUUCACAAGAAACAGAGGAAGAACAGGAGUCAAUCAUGGGGAGUUUCACCCUUCAAGAACUCUCUUCUUCGAUCUCCGGCAAGCGUCCCUUUCGGCAGUCGGGUUUGAAGACACCUGAGGCGGACCCUCUCGCAUCGCCAGCUUGCUCUGAAUUUACAUUUGCCAUCGACUUUUCUCCGCAGCCGUCUGAACGUGCAGGCGCAGCUCACACCUCUGCGCCUGAGGCUUCUUUCUACUCCAACUUAUCUUCGGAGACACGACAGAGUCCAGAAACUGAGUCUGUGUCAAAGGGGGUUCCUCAGAUGAAGUUAACCUUGCCCAGGUCUAGGGCGCCGUCUUCUUCUCUGUCGUCUUCUUCCUCUUCUGCCUCGUCUGUGUGCGUUUCUUCUUCCUCUUCUGCAUCUUCCUGCUCCACCUCGUCUAUGAUUCUGUCUUUCUCGUCUUCUUCGUCUGUCCCGUCUCUCUCUUGGGGUCCUUCUUCCUCUACUCCUUCCUCUUCUUCUUUCGGGUGCGACGAGAGUGACCUACCGGCUCAGUUUGCCUCUUCUGCUUCGACCGUCAAGGACAGACUGCUAUGCUUAAGUGGGCAUCAGAACGUGGAGAGGGCUGCGAGCGAGACGGGAAGAGAAGAAACGGCGACAAAGACAAGCGACGAGACUCUGGACGCCGCUGGAGCACUCGGAGACACACACACAAAAGAAUCUGCAUGUGACGUUGUCGCGAAUGGGCAUGUCAACAAGAGGCUGGCCGACGCUGGCGACGAAGCUCCUUCGUGCCCACCCCACAGCGAGGUCCGCGAUGGAGACAGUGCGGGCAAGGCGCGCGAGCCUCCACCCGAGAGGCUUCUCACCAGCGACUCCGCCGAGACAGCGUCGCACAUGUGGCUUGGCUCUUCAGUCUGCAUUUGGGAAGCAAACGAAGGAGAGAAAUGCCAAGACACUUCAGCGGAGCCACAGACUCGAACUUGCGCCAUCCAAGCAACAGAAGAAGGCAUGUACACGCUGUCGCCUCUUUGUGCGACGGGUCCUGGAGGUCUUCUGUACGUCGCCACAGAAGUACCAGCUGGACAACGGGAGGUGGAAGUACACCCCAGAGCUCUUCUUCGCUCUCCUCUCGGCUCUCAGGCUGGCGGCUGGGGCCGUACGAGGAGUCGCCGAGGCGGAGCCGAACGGAGGCACGCGCCCGGGCGGGAGAGACACCCAGCAAAAGAAGCUGUCACGACCCGGGCAAAAAUCGAGGAAUGGAGGCAUGCAGGGGACAUCGAGAAGUUUAGAAAAGUCUGUUUCCUGGGACGUUCGAACUCUGCGUCUGACUCUAAAACGUACGUUGUCGAAAAGCCUCUCGCCCAUCCUGGUCCCUCUCUGGUAGCUUCCCAUGAGGAAGCGAGGGAGAGUGGGGAACCAGCAAAGAAUGAGAGAAAAGGUAGAACUCGACAUCCAGGUGAGAGAAAAGAAGGCUCAAAUAGCAUGCUGGAUCGACACAAACUGGGUUCCGAAGAGACGCAGGAGACACCUGGAUCUGUCCGUUCCUCCGGACUAAAGCGGCCUUCUCUCGCGCGCCUCAGGGGGCUGCCAGAACUUCUGUUGAGACACGCGACGCAUUUUUCUCGGAGCCCGAGGGUGGUUGGGAACGACGGUUCGCGAGACCAGACGGAGUUAUCAAACGAAGAAAUAACAAAGAGCCGUGAGAGGGAACGUUGCGGUUCUCGUUCAACGCGGAUUCAGACGCUUCUUUCUCAGUCCGUUUUGUCCCCCAAAGAGGCCAGAAAUCUGCGACAGCGAGAGAGGAAAAGUUCUCGCGAGCGACAGGGUGCAGAACGCUUAUGCAGGAGGAGCGAACGCGAAGGUUCAGCAUCCAGGCCCUCGUCGCCUGCCUCUCUCCGUCAGCCUUCGCGUAUCUCUGCAGGUUCAUCUUCUCGUCCUGCUUCCUCUUCUCCCUCGGCGCCUUCGUCCGUCUGUCCCCACAAACCUGCAUCAGGACUUCGCCAGAGAGGUCCUCGCCGUGCAGGCAGCGAUGUCUCAGCAGAGAGAAGGGAACAGAACAUGCCAGAGGAGAAGCGCGGCGACGGAGGUCACUGUCGUCUCUCCCUGGCGUCUGGGCGCGAGCCUCAAAGGGUCUCUCUUCCAAAUAUGGCCUUCCAAAGAAGACCCAUCAUGCGCGCGGGCGUCUCACCGGUCCCCUCCAAAACUCCAAUCAUCUCUCCCGCUUCGCUUCCUUCGUCGUUCCAAGUUUUCUCGACGCCGCGGAACUUGUGGUGUUUGUCAGACUCCACGCCUUGCCGCGCUUUACGUUCCACGACAACGCCUGAGUCUUUUGCUGGCUCUUCCGUUUCUUCUCCCGUCGAGGUUCAUUCACUCGCUUCUUCGUCUUUGUCUUCCCCGCCUUGCGAGCGUCUUCCCGACGACCCAGUCGACAGCAUGCGCCUCGUGAAGGCCAAACUUCGACUCGCCCGAGCGGCGCAACGCGGCCCUGUCUCGUCCUUGGUCUCGGCUUCUCCGGGGAAACUGAACGAGAAAGGCCGCGCGUUUCCUUGUCGCAGCGCUGCCUCAGAGGGACAUGGAGACGACUCACAGAGGUUCUUUCAGUUCCUGCGCAAGACCUUUGAAGCAGGAGGAGAAGGUAAGUAUGCGUCCGUUCUCCGGCCCCUCACGUCUGCAGCUCGUCCCUCGUUCGUGUCUGGCUCUUCACCGUUCUCUCCCUUGUUCGCGUGUCCUGCGUUUCGUCAGCCACCGGCUCCUAAAGCUGUGACAUUGACUCCAGAAGACAAGACAGCCCGCUACAGCAGAUGCUUUUCCUCGUCUGCGACUCUCGAAGACCAACGCGUCGCAGCCAUCCCUUUACCCCACUGUUCACUGACGCCUGCCAGUCUUCUCCGUAACUCCAGAGGUGCCUUUUCUGCCCUCGAGUUCCAGCGUUUGCCGACUGCCUCGUGUUCCGGCCUUGCCGGCGAGGUCCUUGCAGCGGAGUGGGCGACGCGACAAAAAGGCGAAGGAGACAAACGGGCUCUUUUCAGAGACGAGAAGCGCGCGCGUGGAUAGAUCAAGACCAGGUGCAGAAAGAGGAAUCUUCUAGAGAGAAGGCGAGAGAGCGCAAAGGUGAAUGCGAGGUGCAAACCGAAGAAGGGGGUUCAGAGCAGUCAAGACAUUGAGAACGGAGAGGGUUGCCUCAGCGCGAAUGAUAAGAGGCGGCAGGAGUUGGCCCGAUAAGGGGAAAGGAAAUACCACAACAGAGGCACACACCAGGCAAGCGUCGAUUGAGUUUUCAGGCUCGCUGAAGCUCUCAAAAAAAUGACAGAACGUCCAGCUGGUGUUUCGCCAUCUUGGUGGGGUUUUGGCGGUCAGACUGCGAUACGGUGGAAGAGAAACGCGGGCGAGAAAUAAAAGCGUUUAUACGCGCGUGAGGGCACGGACGAGAAACACAACGACACACACACACAGAGGGAUGCUCCGGAAGUCUGUGUACACCGCGUAAACAGAAGGAACUCGUGAGGAGACGAAAGCGAAGGGCAGGAGGCGCUAGCACGCGUGUCGCGGAUGAACGAUAAACAACGGAUAGUUGGGAACGUACAGUUGGUGCGCGUUUGCUUCCCCUAGUCACAAAGUGGGGACAUGUUGCCAGUCAAUUCGUCGCUCCUUGAGUUCCUAGGAAGUUCUGAAGAGAGUCUCUCCCUCACUUUGCCUUAAAUGUCCGAUUCGGCAUUUCCCUGUCACGGAAACGACAGCCACCCGCCUCUCUUUCAAGAACAUUCCACGUGUCAUGAAAUGGGAGGCUCUACUUUGGAUCGUGGAGAGUGGCACGAGGACGUUCCCGUAGGAUUCCCGAAACAUUAUGCUUUGGUCGCGCGUCUUUUUGUCUCUCUUCGAACUCUUCGCUCCCGUCGUCGUGCGUUACGCUUGGAGAGGUGACACGCAAAACGCCUUUUCUUGGAAAGAAGACAGGUAAGCCACUUUCGAAAUUGCUUCCGUUUGAACGGCGACAAACUGCUGCCUCUCUACCUGGCUCUACCAAGGCGAGCGAAACAGCUCUCUAGAGAGCGCGAAAUACGGU